AUGUGCGUCAUUGAAAGUGUAAUGCAUAUUUAUCGCACGUGUUUGUAAAGUUAGCUUACUCCGCUGGCCUGCUAACGAUACUAGCUCGGUAGAUAAGCUGCUACUUAGCUGCGGUUACCGGUGACAAGCGUCCCGUAAAGAAACGGUAGCAAAUACUUCUUCAAAAUACAAACCAGGCGUUUACGGUUUUUACUUAGUCAAGUAAUUUUGUGAGAUUUGAAGGGAGCAUCUCUUUUGAGAGUGGGCUGUGUUUAAUAACGAAGGCUUUAACAAUAUGAAUACUUAGUUGUUUAUUAAUUUCAUAAAAUUGAUUAGGCGUCAGUCGAGGUUGUUUCGUAUAGGCACAAAUAAUCUGACGUCCCAUUUUAGUGAAAGUUUCUCAGUGAAACUAUCUGAAUUAUGUCUCUAGACUUGAGUACGACAAAUAAGACAAGUAAUUUACUUUAGCGUAUUGAAUUUGGAUACGUUUUAUUGGACGAGCUUGGGUGCGGCUUUAUUUUGACAGUUGGAACAGGAAGUGGCUAUGCAGUCUGAAAAGUGGACUGGCUUGGAUUGGGAAGCACAGAGAUGGGAACUUUGUGUAGUUUCCCAUUGGCUGAUGGAGGGAAUAUUAUCACUAUGUCUCACAGACUGACCAAAGAAGAGCUGGAUGCACAGUUUGAGCAAUUUCUGAAAGAGUCUGUUUCAGAUGACUCUAUUGAUUUGGGAAGCCCUGACAAGCAGCCUCAUGCUAAAACCAGUCAGAAAUCAUCCCAGAAACCAUCAGUCGCACCGUGGCAAGAUGAUGAUCACAGCAGUGCAGGAACAGGGAGAGCAGAGACAGCCAAACGCAGAUUUAUCAAAGCCAGAAAGGCCCAGCCCGAGAACAACGAGGAUUUCAGCAGGGAGUCCUUCAAUAAGCCUGUCCCCAAACCUCGCUGCAAUGCUCCGGAUAAACCUAUUAUUUCUGAAGAGAGUCACAAAAGCACAGUUUUGGGAGAUUCCCAAACUGUAGAACGACACAAAGCUCCAUCUGAUGACUUGUGCUCACACAGUCUGAGCAGGUCUAUGCAUGAAAGCCUCCAGUGUGUGACAGGGGAGAGGAGUCCUGAUGACAUUACUGAAACCCCUCCAGCCAGCACUGAUAGUCUUUCACAGGGGGACAGUGAAGAUGGACUGUUGGAAUUUGCGAAGUCUGUCAGGAAGUCUUUAAGGAAUUCCCAGCCUAUUCGAGAAGAGGAUGAGGAUCCAGAAGAUGCUGGUUUGAAGAAAGAAGGGAUGGAAACUGCUUUCCUUAACAGAGACAGUACAGAGACAGAGGACUCAGGCAUGGCACCAGCUGUGAACAUGACCAGUAUGGGCUUGGACACACUGGAAGAAGAAGAGGAGAAAGCCAGGUUCUUUGCCCAGCUCGAGGCGGGAGCUUUGUCAACUAUAGAUUACUCCAAGCUGAACAGAGACCUAGACUCAACAAGCUGUACCAUCGCCACUAACCUUGGAAAAGCAGAGGAUGUGAAGGAGCUGAGUGAUGGUCAAAGUGAGGUCAGAGUCCCAGAAACUAGAAUGGAGUCUCCAGCCUUUACAGGCUCCCCACACUACAGUGACGAUUUUGAAGAUGAGAAGAAUGCGAAAAAGCCACUAGAGGAGAAGUGUGCAACGUCUGCAAUUUUUGCCAGAGUUUCUCUUUAUGAUUCUUUGGAUGAAACUGGUGACAGAAGAAAGGACACAGAGGGGUCACUAGACAAAGGCCACUCAUAUCUGCAAAGUGGAGGGUCUGACAUGGAGGCUCUUCAGGAGGCCUACAGACAGGUCCAUGUUGUGGAGGAUUCAGAUGACUAUAAUCGCCAAAAUGUAUCUGUGGAAGGGAGAGGAAAGAUCAACAGACCUGUGUCUCCAUUCUCCCCUCCUCAACAUGCCCGUCAGUCUCUUCAGCCUGCUUCAACCAAUGAGUCAGAGCUGCCUACUGAGGAAGAACUAAUGAGGCGCAUCCGACCAGAGAAGGACCAAAUUAGAGGCUUCACCCUCCAGCCUGUCAGUGCUGUGGAGUUCAACCAAGAAAAGGAAUCGCAGUUCCUGGAUAAGACAGAUGUGCCUUAUACAGAGUCACAAGGGAAGAAAACAAGAAAGUCUGUCCCCGUUUCAGGAGUGAAGGGAGCCAGGGGACAUGCCGGCCAUCAGUCCAGCUCCCCACAUCCUCCCAAGCAUGACCUAACAUGGAGCAUCAAGGAGGAGGUAGAGAGGCUGAUGCAAGAUCAAAACAGUUAUUCUUCUUACACAACCUUUUGUGCUGGUAAAGCUAAGAAACAACAGGCUUCCCAUGGUUCCACUGUUUUUAAACCCUCUACGCCUUCAGUGGGGAAACCUACUGCAGCUGCCGUGAAAGGAAGGAGAGUGGAUGAGAGAACAGCAAUCGCUCCCAGGCUGUUUGGCCCGAGUAGAGCCGCCACUACUACAGCCAGAACCCAUACCUCUGUUUCCCGUUUCCCACAGCAUCCACCAAAAGCCAAAUUUACAAAGAACCAAGAAAAGGAUCACUGCGAUUCUGCAACAGACUCGGAUCUGAAGGUGAGCAGUGAGCUGGUGGCAUCUGUUCAGUCCUUAGUGGCCGUCCUCCAACAACAGAUGGACACCAGCACUCACCAGGAUGCUGCACAGGAAGUUAGAGGUCUUCAAGAAACCCGAGAGACACGGCACCUUCCACAGUUCAAUAGGGAUGAGCAGAGCUCUGUGGUGGAGGAGCUAAAAGUCCAGCUGGCGCAGAAAGAGAGGGAGCUGCAGAUGAUGAAGAAAGGAGCAGAAGAGCUCAGCUCACUUAAACAGCAAAACUUCCUCCUGCAGAGCAAGUUGCAAACUGCAGAAGAAGCUAGUCGGAAGAAGAGUUGUAUGGAGACUGCAGACCCUGCUACAGAGGAGAAGCUCCAGGAGAUUGAUAAAGAAAUAAAAGAGCAGGAGACACUCAUCAAAGGUUACCAGCAGGAGAACGAGAAGCUGUAUUUGCAGAUGAAGGCUCAGCAAGCCACAAGUAAAGCCAAUGAGGAGGCCAUGUUCAAUGAAAACCAGAGGCUACUGAAUGAGCUGGCUUUCACAAGGGAGCAGCUGAAUAAAACUUCAAGGCCUGUGGGAAAUGUUUGCCUAAUGGAUCACACUCAACGCAUUACAGGCCUUUUAGCUCAAGUACAGGAACUUAAGAGGAAUGAGGCCAAGCUGUAUGUGGACAUUCACAACCUGAAGCAAGAAAAUAAAGCUCUUGAGGUUGACCUGCAACUAAUAAAGAACAGGAGAGACUUGGCUAAAGACCAAACCAUUUCCACCUCAGUUCUGAAUGUGUCAGGUGAUAAGACUUCUGAGAUGGGUGUACUGGAGAACAAACACAGAGAGGAAGUGGUGGCCCUGAAGAAGAAGCUGCAGUGGUUUGCUAAGAACCAGGUGCUGCUGGACAGAGAUGCUGGCAGGCUGAAGGCAGCUACAGCUGAGAUACAACUGCUCAAAGACCAGGUAGAAACACUGAAACAGGCAGUUGGCAAAAGAAGCACCGAGCAGCAGAGAAGAGCCAGAGAAAAAUCUCUGAACAUGAAGAGGAUGCAGGACUUGGAGAGACAGGUGAAGGAACUGGAGCAAAUUCUAAGAAGCAGAAACCCAAACUCGCUACCUGCCCUGAUUUAUGCUGCAGCCACGGCUGCUAGUCAUGAAGAUGUGGGUGCAGCCAAGACAUCUCCACCUAGCCAGAUAACUGCUCUGCUAGAGCGAAGGAUUCAGCGUCUGGAGACUGAGCUGGAGAGUCAUGAUGAGGAGGCCAAAUGCAGCCUGCGGGCAAUGGAACAGCAGUUCCACAGAAUCAAGCUCCGCUACGAGCAGCAGAUUUCAGAAUUGGAGCAGCAGCUGCAACAGAAACAGCAGGAUGAAGGAGCAGGUUUGUCAAAACCAUGGAUGUCAAAGAUUCAGACUCUGGAGGAAAAACUGCAACGUGAGAAGGAGAGCAGCCAAGAGAAAGAGAACUCUCUCCAAAACCUGAUUCAGUCUCUUCAGCAGCAGCUAAAGCACAAGGAGAAUCCCGCCCCGCAAAAGACCCAGCCAAGUCCAGGCCGACAGCAACGUCAAGCCGAGGCAGCAUUUGGCAUUCGGAUAGAGAGGCUGAACCAAGAGGUUGCCACCAAAACACGAACCAUUCAGGACCUGACUCGUACUGUGGAGAGACUGCAGAAAGAGAGGAGGAACAUGUUGUCUUUACCUAACCUACGGCCAGAAAUACGUUCCACAGAGAGCAAACAGCAACAAGGCCUGACCAAAACACUUUGUUCCCCUACCAUACAAGAGACAUGUGCAGGGGAAGAAACGUUUCCAGCUGCACAGUAUGAAAAGACCUACCAGCCCACUGUCUUUACAGGAAGUCAUAUCUCAGAGGUUCUGCAGGAGAAUGAGGCUCUGAAGCAGCGUGUGGAGCUGCUGGAGCUGCAGGGUGAGCAAGAGAGGGAGGCACUAAAGGCUGAUGCUGUACAAGCCAAGGAGGAGCUGUGCAGGCUGAAGGAGCACUUUGCAGAGCAACUGUCUUCAAUGAAGGCAGAACACCUCUUAGUGGUGGAUCGUCUGCGGGCAACCCAUGCCCUGGAGCACUCAUCCUCAAAGGUUGCCGAACUGACCAAUAAGCUCAACACUCAGGAGAUUUGGAUAAAACAGCUGCAAGAGCAGUUGAAGGAGCUGCAGGGUUCCAAAGAUGCACUUGCAAUAUCCAGGACCAGAGAAAAUGUUCUGCAGGAGCAGCUAACCAUACUGCUGCAGGAACUAAAGGAAGCUAAAGAAGCUCAGAGCCCAGAGGUGAAACUAUUGUGUAGCCUGGAGACGAAGAUCCUCAACAUCGAGCUCAAAUACCAGCACAAAGAGGAGGAGCUGCAGCAGGUGAUUGAGGGAGCGUGGCAGACAGCGGGUGUGGAUCAUCAGUCUGAGGUGGAACGCUGGAAGCGCCUGGCUCAGGACAAAAGCAGACAGCUAGAAGUUUUCCGUCUGGAGCUGGAUUCCAUCCUGGACAUCCUGAGACAUCUUCAAAGACAUGGAUUGGUCCUCCCCACUCCUGACCUCCCCGUCACAGCCCUGUUCCCUCAGACAACGUAAUGUGUGCUCAAGAUUUCAAAGCUGAUACUGAAAAUUGUGUUCUGAUGCCAGUUUAUCAGUAUGUGAGUAUUUUAAGUAGUUCACUUGAUUUGCAUCUCAGACAGCCAGUAAUAUUAGCCAACAUGCUACAUAUCAAACUCAAUGCUGAUUUCUGUUACCAGAUUAGCUCUGCUACCUAUCAUUAAUAGAUAAUGUACAAAUGCAAACUAAGCCAGAAACGUUUGAAGCUGUUCCUUUGGUGUAAAUUUUGUAGUAACUUGUUACUUUUUAGUUUGUAAUUUAUUGCAGAGACACUGGAAAUAAAUGUUUAUGUCUACAUAUUUACUGAGCUAUAUUAUAUUCAGUACACUGUACUUAUCUUAUUGCACUGAACUGUGUAUCACCAGCACUGUGUGUUGGACUUUCUGUCACUUGUUAACAAUACAAACCUUCUCCAUCGUGUAUUUUUCUUUACAUUAUAGAAGCAAGGGAAUGGGUCCUUUAAAUGAAGUACAAUUACAAAGUAAAAGUCUCAAUAAAUGAAAAUUUUAUUUGAA